GUUCUCUGGGAAGAGGGCAGACAGCCUGCGACGGCAGGAAUCCAAAUAGGGUCCCAGUGGUCAGGCAGGGAGAAAGGAGGACUGGACAGAAUAGAGAGGCUGCUAAGAGCAGCUGCUGAAUUGGCUUCCAGUUCUUGUCAAAACGACCCCUCCGAUUCUAGAGGGAAACUCGAAUCAUGAAGCUAAUUACUAUACUGUUCCUCUGCUCCAGGCUGCUCCCAAGUUUAGCACAGGAAGAAACCACCCAGAAAAUCGACUGCAAUGAUGAGGAUGUGUUUCAUGCUGUGGACGCUGCUCUGAAGAAAUACAAUGCUGGGAACAAAACUGGCAACAAGUUUGUGUUGUACCGAGUGACAGAGGGCACUAAAAUGGUGGGUUCUGACACAUUCUACUCCUUCAAGUAUGAGAUCAAGGAGGGCAACUGCCCUGUUCAGAGUGGCCUCACCUGGCAGGACUGUGACUACAGGGACGCCGAGGAAGCCGCCACUGGAGAAUGUACAGCAACAGUGGGGAAGAGUGAAACUGAGAAAUUCUACGUAGUUACCCAGACUUGCAAUAUUACUCCAGGUAAUGGACCCAUAUUGACAGCCCAGUACACCUGUUUGGGCUGUGUACACCCCAUACUGCCUGAUAGCCCUGAACUGGAGCCUGUCCUGAAACACGCAGUCGAGCAUUUCAACAUCGACACCAGGCGCUCCCACCUCUUUGCUCUUAAAGAAGUAAAAUCAGCCAAGAGACAGGUGGUGGCUGGACUGAAAUAUGAAAUCACUUACUCAAUUGUGCAAACUAAUUGUUCAAAGGAGCAGUUUCUAUUCUUAUCUCCAGAGUGCAAAUCCCUUGCGGAUGGAGAUGUUUGGAAGUGUAGAGAUAACGCCUUUGUGGAUAUCGAUCAAAAAAUUGUUGACUUCUCUCAGGACUGUAACAUCUAUUCAGGACAGUAUUUGACACACCCACUUCCUGCGAAAUGCCCUGGAUGCCCCAGUACCAUACCUGUAGAUAGCCCAGUGUUGACAGAGCCUCUCGGUCAUGCCAUCAAAAAGCUUAACACAGAGAAUAACCAUUCUUUCUAUUUCAAGAUCCACACAGUGAAAAAAGCGACAUCCCAGGUGGUAGGUGGAAUGAGGUAUUUUAUUGACUUCAUAGCCAGAGAAACCAACUGUUCAAAGGCGAAUAACAUGGAACUGGGACCAGAUUGUGAGGUCAAGUCCUCUGGUAAUGGUCUCAGCUGUAAUGCUGACGUAUACAUGAGACCUUGGGAGAACAAAGUCCAACUGACUGUCAAGUGCCAAGAUAUACAAAUGAGGCUUACAAACACCUGUGAGUACAAGGGCAGAUGCUCAGCUGAAGAGCCAGUGCCUGGGAGUGAUGAAAAAUCUUCACAAUAGCCCCAGCACGACCCCAAGUGGACAGAACAGAAGAAUCAUGGGAUACAUGUAAAUGGAAGAAUGUCCCUUCAUCACUCUGCCUCUGGGUGAAAUAAAAUUCAGACUUGAUGAGUUCA